AUGGGAAUUCGCCUAGCGUUCAUUCGACAUCAGCUACAAGAGAGAGGACAGCAGAUUGAUGAGAUAGCAAAUGACGAUGAAGUGAGGGAGACAUAUAAUUUUGCACCUGGAAACUACGGUGCUGUCCUCAGAGCGGACACCCCUGACCACGGUGGCGUGAGUCAUGAAGCCGCUGAGGGAGAAGCUCCCGAAGAGCAGCAGGAUGCUGAGCAAGCCGAGGGAGAAGAGAAAGGUGUCAAGUAUAAGAUUCAAGCCAUGAAAUGGGGGCUUAUACCCUUUUGGACCAAACGUUCUCCAGACUACGGCUCACUGAUGAAGACUAUCAACUGUCGGGAUGACUCGUUAAUAGAAGACCGAGGCAUGUGGACUUCGAUGAAGAGGAAAAAGCGUUGCAUAGUUAUAUGCCAAGGCUUUUACGAAUGGCUUAAAACUGGCCCUGGAGGUAAAACCAGGCUACCGUAUUAUACCCGUCGAAAGGAUGGCGAUCUGAUGUGUUUCGCUGGCUUGUGGGAUUACUCGGAUGAGAAGUUGUAUACCUACACGGUUAUCACCACUUCGUCCAACUCACAACUGAAAUUCCUCCACGACCGUAUGCCGGUCAUUCUUGAUCCGGGUAGCAAGGCAAUGGCAGCUUGGCUAGACCCGCAUACUACUACAUGGACCAAGGAGCUUCAAUCACUCUUGAAGCCCUAUGAAGGUGAACUGGAGACAUACCCUGUUAGUAAAGACGCAGGGAAAGUCGGCAAUAACUCCCCAAGCUUCAUCGUACCGCUUGAUAGCAAGGAAAAUAAGUCAAACAUCGCCAAUUUUUUCCAAGGAAAGGGGGAAAAGAAGGGGAAAGCAGAAGUGCCGGAAACAAAACUCGAAAAAACUGAGGGAGGUUCCAGCAGCCUAAAGAGAGAACACACUCCAGAUGAUAAACCGGAGAAAACUUCUGCAGACAGCAACAAGAGGGUGAAGAUUGAAAGCCCACAAAAAGAAUUUGCCCAAGAGAAGAUGGAACCCCUUAAAGGAAGCAGCCCUACGAGGAAGAUGCGAAGUGCAACAAGCAAUAACACGAAACCGAAAUCCAGUGCUAAACCAAGUGGUGGAAACCAGCGAAUUACCAAUUUCUUCAAGAAGUGA